AUGCAAAACAAACCGCUGGUGGAGAAGCUGGCCGCGCAAAAGGCUACCAUCUUUGCCAUGGAUUUGAUCCCCCGGAUUUCUCGCGCGCAGGUCUUUGACGCUCUCAGCAGCAUGGCCAAUAUCGCUGGGUACAAGGCGGUGCUCGAGGCGUCCAACAAUUUUGGCCGCUUCUUGACGGGCCAGGUUACAGCUGCAGGCAAGAUCCCUCCCGGAAAGGUCUUGGUUAUCGGCGCCGGUGUCGCUGGACUCAGCGCCAUCGUCACGGCGAGGAGACUCGGCGCGAUCGUGCGCGGUUUUGACACCCGGUCUGCUGCCCGCGAACAGGUCCAAUCUCUCGGCGCCGAGUUCAUCGAGGUCGAGUUACACGAAGAGGGCUCCGGUACUGGUGGUUAUGCUAAGGAAAUGUCCAAGGAGUUCAUUGAGGCUGAGAUGAAGCUCUUUACCGAGCAGGCGCGGGAGGUGGACAUCAUCAUCACCACCGCCCUGAUCCCUGGCAAGCCGGCACCGAAGCUGAUUACCAAGUCCAUGAUCGAGAUCAUGAAACCCGGGUCUGUCAUUGUCGAUCUAGCGGCCGAGGCCGGCGGAAACUCCUUAGGCUACACCGAUCUCCCCUCGAGGCUACCCACGCAAUCGUCAACGCUGUACUCGAACAAUAUCGCCAAGUUCCUCCUGUCCAUGGCUCCCAAGGACAAGGAAUACGGCGUCGACCUAAGCGACGAAGUCGUGCGAGGGGCAAUCGUAACGCAAAACGGAAAGAUCCUCCCGCCUGCCCCUCGCCCCGCGCCGCCACCCGCUCCCGCGCCGACACCGAGCGCCUCGAAGGAAGCCGAAGUCGUCGCCCUGACACCGUGGCAGAAGGCCUCGCGCGAGGUCACGCUGAUCACGGGCGGCAUGGGCUCGGCCCUCGCCUUGGGUAAAUUCACGGGCCCGCUGUUCAUGGGCAACGCCUUCACCUUCGCCUUGGCCUCGCUUAUCGGGUACCGCGUCGUGUGGGGCGUAACCCCGGCGCUGCAUUCGCCUCUGAUGAGCGUCACGAACGCCAUAUCUGGAAUGGUUGGCGUUGGUGGCCUGUUCAUCUUGGGUGGGGGUUACUUUCCGGAGAAUAUCCCGCAGAUGUUUGGUGCUGCCUCGGUUCUUCUGGCCUUUGUCAACGUUUCUGGCGGAUUUGUCAUCACCAAGCGCAUGUUGGAUAUGUUCCGGCGCCCGACCGACCCCCCAGAGUACCCGUGGCUGUAUGCCAUUCCGGGUGUUCUCUUCGGGGGCGGGUUCUUGGCGGCCGCCUCGACCGGCGCCGCUGGUCUUGUUCAAGCCGGUUACCUUGUGAGCUCUGUGUUGUGCAUUACCUCGAUCUCCAGCUUGGCAUCGCAAGCAACUGCGCGGAUGGGGAACAUGCUGGGCAUGCUCGGCGUGGGGUCCGGUGUUCUGGCUUCACUUCUCGCAGUUGGUUUCUCCCCCGAAGUCCUGACGCAAUUUGGAGGACUCGCGGCUAUCGGCAGCAUCUUGGGUUUCUUGAUUGGAAAACGCAUCACUCCCACCGACCUUCCUCAGACCGUUGCCGCUCUCCACUCCGUUGUCGGUCUGGCCGCUGUCUUGACCAGCAUCGGCAGCGUCAUGGCUGAUCUGGCUCACGUCUCAACGCUGCACCUCGUCACGGCCUACCUCGGCGUCCUCAUCGGCGGCAUCACCUUCACCGGCUCAAUUGUCGCUUUCCUCAAGCUCGCGGGUAAGAUGUCCUCCAAGCCGUUGAUGCUCCCAGGGCGCCACCUCAUCAACUCGGGUCUCCUCGCAACCAACGCCGCUACUAUGGGCGCGUUCGUGACCAUGGCCCCCGGUGCGCCCUUGAUCGCCGCUGGCGCCCUGGCCGCCAACACCGCCAUGUCCUUUCUCAAGGGCUUCACGACAACCGCCGCCAUCGGCGGCGCCGACAUGCCCGUCGUGAUCACGGUCCUCAACGCCUACAGCGGCUUCGCGCUUGUCGCCGAAGGGCUCAUGCUAGACAACUCGCUCCUGACCACCGUCGGCGCGCUCAUCGGCGUGUCGGGUUCCAUCCUGUCCUACAUCAUGUGCGUCGCCAUGAACCGCUCCCUCGUCAACGUGCUCUUCGGCGGUAUCGCGGCGCCGACGACGAGCGACUACAAGGUCGAAGGCACCGUGACGCAGACCAACGUCGAGGACACGGCCGAGGCGCUGACCAACGCCGAGUCGGUCAUCAUCGUUGUCGGCUACGGCAUGGCCGUCGCCAAGGCCCAGUACGCCAUCUCCGACAUCACCCAGAUGCUGCGCGCCAAGGGCGUCCGCGUGCGCUUUGCCAUCCACCCUGUCGCGGGUCGCAUGCCGGGCCAGUGUAAUGUGUUGUUGGCUGAGGCGAGCGUGCCGUAUGAUAUCGUGCUGGAGAUGGAUGAGAUCAAUGAUGAUUUUGGCGAGACCGAUGUCACGCUGGUGAUUGGGGCUAAUGAUACGGUUAACCCAAUCGCGCUGGAGCCGGGGAGCCCGAUCGCUGGCAUGCCGGUGCUGCAUGCGUGGAAGAGCAAGCAGGUCGUGGUGAUGAAGCGGGGGAUGGCGAGCGGUUAUGCUGAUGUUCCGAACCCCAUGUUCUACAUGCCCGGCACGAGAAUGCUAUUCGGAGACGCUAGAGUUACAACGGAAGACCCCAUCACAGCCAUCAAGUCUGCCAUCGAGGCCCGAUUCAAGUAG